ACUGUGCUCCCCACGUGCCAGCAGAGCUCCGUGGUGGGGGCAGCGGGGACACAGGGCACAGGAGCUGGUGCUCACCUCUCUCUCUCCCUCCUUCUUAGGUUGACGGAAAACAUGAGACGACUAAAGCGUGGUGCCAAGCCCGUCACCAGCUUCGUGAAGAACCUCUCUGCCUUAUCCGACUGGUACUCCAUCUACACGUCUGCCAUCGCCUUCACUGUGUACAUGAAUGCCGUGUGGCAUGGCUGGGCCAUCCCCAUGUUCUUGUUUCUAGCAAUUUUGAGGUUAUCCCUCAAUUACCUCAUAGCCAGGGGCUGGAGGAUACAGUGGAGCAUCGUGCCUGAAGUCUCUGAACCAGUGGAGCCUCCAAAGGAAGACUUGACUGUGUCUGAGAAGUUCCAGCUCGUGCUGGAUGUCGCCCAGAAAGCCCAGAACCUCUUCGGCAAGAUGGCCGACAUCCUGGAGAAGAUCAAGAACCUGUUCAUGUGGGUCCAGCCUGAGAUCACGCAGAAGCUGUACGUCGCGCUGUGGGCCGCCUUCCUCGCCUCCUGCUUCUUCCCCUACCGCCUGGUGGGACUGGCCGUGGGACUCUACGCUGGGAUCAAGUUUUUCCUCAUCGACUUUAUCUUCAAACGCUGCCCGAGACUACGAGCCAAAUACGACACCCCCUACAUCAUCUGGAGGAGCCUGCCCACGGACCCGCAGCUCAAAGAGCGCUCUAGCGCCACCGUGUCACGCCGGCUACAGACGGCCUCCUCUCGGAGCUACGUCUCCAGCGCGCCCGCCAGCCUCAACAAGGAUGAAGACACUGGCCGCUUCCACGGUACCAAGAAAGGCAAUUUCCACGAGAUCUUUAACUUGACGGAAAACGAGCGACCGCUGCCGGUGUGUGAGAAUGGCUGGCGCUGCUGCCUGAUAAACCGCGACCGCAAGAUGCCCACCGACUACAUCCGCAACGGCGUUCUGUACGUGACGGAGAAUUACUUGUGCUUCGAAAGCUCCAAAUCCGGUUCUUCCAAGAGAAACAAGGUCAUCAAGCUGGUGGACAUCACAGACAUCCAGAAGUACAAGGUCCUCUCUGUCCUCCCGGGCUCAGGCAUGGGGAUCGCGGUGUCAACGCCAUCAACCCAGAAACCACUGGUGUUCGGGGCCAUGGUGCAUAGAGACGAGGCGUUCGAGACCAUUUUCAGCCAGUACAUGAAAAUCACGGCGGCCGCGGCAUCUGGCAGCGACAGCUAGUGUUGAUUCUCCCGGGACGAUGCUGGAAGGGUUUUGUUUUGGUUUUGGUUUUUUUGUUGUUUUUUUUAAACAAUUUGAUAGUGGAAAAACAAUUGGACAUCCUCCUGAUCUUUUGCAAUAAUUCCCCUCGAUCUGUGGUUUUUAUUGUGUUCACCCCGCGAUUCACGGACCCCUUCACGCAGGGGUUGGGGCCCUCAGGCGGUGCCCGCCCAUCUCACGGGUGAGGCGUGUCUCACGGACACAUGGACACGGAGGGCAGGGGAUCCUCGGAGGCCAGCGGAAAGGAGGACACACAGGACCCGCCCGCCCCAGAGGCCGAAGCUCCUCCACCCCGAAGCUGUAGCCGAGGAGCACCGGUGGUCCCUCUUCCCGGGUGUGAAGGAUGUCGGUGAUGAGCGACUCAGAGGCGCCUUCGCCCACCACCCUGAACUGGCCAGUGGGUCUCGCUCCUUCUGCUAGCGAGGCCUGCUGCGAGUCGUCAGAGGGGGGCCCGGGGCAGGGGCGCGGCUUGAUCUGGCUUAGGCUCCGUGCUGACCGGCCGCGGGGCCCCACCUGCCACGAAGGCCAGUGGCCGUCUCGGCCUCCCGAGCCGCCAGGAGGCCCGGGGUCGGUGGCCCCCGUGGCCGUGGAGUGGCACGCAGGCAGAAGCACAUCUUUUUCACACUCUGCUCUUUGGAAAGCCCCGUAGACCAUCUACCAAGGCUUUGGGGGGCACUCUGAGCUUGGGUUGCUCUCAGAUGGAAAUCAACCGCAGCAUGGCUGGCGCCGGCCUCACGGCAGAAGCCACCUGUGUUGGUGAGGGAGGGGGCCCUGCGGCCUGGGGUGGGAGCGGCCCGGACACAGGGUGGGCCAGGCUUGCGGCCGGUCUGCCGUGGUUGCUGUGCGGGGGGUUGCUCGGGAGGUCACCGGCUGCGGGGAGUGACCGUGAGCGGAGCCCAGAGGCUUGGGGCCGGACGGUCCGCACCCCUGACGUCUGACAGGGUCCUGGCAGGCUCACCCUCGUGCCAGCACACCCCGGGGUGGGAGCGAGCCGCCCCCCUCCCUGCGCCCAGCACCAGUCUGGGCCCCGCCCAGGACGCCAGCGCGCUUGUGGCCGAGGCCGGAGGCUGCCAUCUGCAGGCUGGGUUCACUUGGGGACAGGCCUGUGACCUCUGUGAAGGACAGGCUGAGAUUGUGGUGGUCAGCGUGACCGCCCUCCUGGUCAGCACACUUCCAACUCCAUCAGUCCAGUUCCUCGGCUUGUCCUGAGUCCUUUGGGCAUCACGGAGAUUGUUGUUUUUUGAAGAAACAGAAGAUUCUAUUUUUUACAGAGAGCAAGCUGUUUUUCUUAUUUUUGUAUCAUUUUUCAGAUGUAAUUUUUACCUUGGCUCCAAUGCUAAUUUGCUGGUUUGGGUGAGUCUGGUGGCAUCGCUCACGUCCCCAUUCACGGGGGGCCAUGGGGGCCGCACGCCAGGGCCCGGGCCGCGCUCCUGGGGAGCUGCGCCGACCAGCCUGAUGAAGCACACACCCCACCCGGUCGGUGAGAUCGGAGGGCGCCUGCGGCUCCCACCACCCCGGUCCGGCUGGCGCUGCUGUUCGCGAGAUCCCACGGGCCGGCCUUCCGUCAAACUGAAGGCAGAACCCACUCUAAGUCUCGGCUUUGGCUCCCACCGUGGGCGCAGGCGGACCGGCUCCCGAGGCACCCCCGGGGACCCUCCCUCGGUGCCUGAGGCGAGGCGGGGUGGGCCCUGAGCGGCCCCUGGGGACAGGCUUCAGGGUGACGCCUGUGGGUGCCACUCAGACCCCUCCCUGGGCCCGCCAAGGGGUCGGUGUGGUGGGGCUCGCCCUCCUCAGCAGAGCGGGUGGUUUGGUUCGAGUCCCUUUUGAGGAGAAAGGGAGAUGAAAACUGACCACGUGCGGGGCGCGGCCGCGGGGGCCCUGGGGGGUCGUGCGCCAGUGGCCGGGCCCUUGGGGAGAGCGCGGCCCACACGGGCUCCCGGCGGCCCGGCAGAGAGAGCCCGGAGUUUCUAUCAAAUUGUGUAAAUCUGGGCAGAUAUUUAAUUUCUAUGACUAAUCACUGAACUAGAAUGAAUGUCACAUUUUUUAUGUCCGAAGCUUGAGUCUAUUUUGGAUCUGUAAAUAAUCGUUCCUGCUGUCACUUUUGUUCAACAAAAGGAUUGUACUGUAUGAAGAACCGAUGAAAAACCCCCGUAACAUUUUUUAAAGAAAACUUUGUUUGUUUAAAGAA